AUGACCGCAAGUCUGACAUCUGGGCACUGGGUUUGCCUGGUGUACGAGUUGUGUGCUCUCAGUCCUCCCUUUACCAGCUGUGAUAUCAAUCAGCUGGCAAGUCUUAUCAGAGAUGGAAGGUUUGAUCCAAUCCCAGCCAACUAUUCGGUUGACUUGCAGAAGAUUAUAGAGUUGAUGCUGAGUGUUGAACACCAAUACCGGCCUACUAUUGAGAUGAUCUUACACCACCCUACAGUCGUCCUCAAUGUCUCCACCAAGUCCAGUUUCAAGUUUGUCAACAAGCAGGAUCGGCUCAAGGAAGAGUGUGACAGAGCCACUUUGGCCUCGGUCUCUGAGAAGAUCAGGACCUUAGAGAGGGAAAGAGAACCAGAAGAGAUCAGUGAGGACACUUUCCAGGAGAAGUGGAUGGCGAGACUGGAGACUCUGAGACAGCGAGAGGCUGGAAUCAGGAAGAGGGAGGAUAAGUUACUUGAAAAGGAAAGAACAAUUGUGAAAAGAGAGAAAGAAUUGUUGCUUCUUGAACGUGUUUUAAGAGACAAACUUACCAGGGCUGAAAUUUAUCUUCGACAGUGUAAGGAAAAUCGAUCAUCCCAGGCCUCUGUGAGUUUGAGAUCUCAAAAGUACAAGGUAGUAGAAGAACUGGACACUUCAUUCAGUGCAGAUCCAGGAGACACAAGUAUUCUUCCAACAUCUGCCAAAAUUGAUCCCAAGGCAGUUGCUCCUCCAAACAACUUCAUCAGAUCAGCAUCAGAACGUAGACUAAGGCAUGUUCAUUUUAAUGUAAAUGAGAGAGUUCAGCCUCUUCAGGCUAUUCAAGAGAUAGUGGCAGUACAGAAGAAGGGAUGUGGGAUCCCUGAAGUAGAACAAAUGAGGACGAAGACUAUUCCCAAGAAAAUUUUGGGAGAUGUUCAAGAAACAGAACAGUUGAAAUUUGGUACAAUACCAAAAAAAGUUAGCUUGACAUCAGAGAAUAAGUUUUCCAUACUGAAACCGGUUUUGCCUAAUACAAAUAGUUGGCUAGAAGAAAAAACUAUUUGGCUGGAGAAUAAACGAACAGCCUAUCACAACAAUGUUAAUAAAGAAAAUAUGAACCUCCAAAAUCAUUUAGAAGUGAAAACCCAUGAAUAUUGUGAAACUAAAGAAGUAAAAAAGCGUUCCUCCAGACUGUCGCUGUUCUCAAAAAAACAAGGAAUUCGUUAGAUUCCAGUAUAAUAUAUGUUGUAUAUUUACAGAAAUACUCAAGAGGUUGUGUGUUCAAGUAGUUAUAAAUGUUAAUAUAUAUUGUAUAUUCUAAUGUACCUGAUUAUAUAUGGUGCCUUAAACCAGUUACUAAUCUAGGCUAAUAAUUCAAGUAGUUACUAUUUUAUACAAUUAUGUGUUAAUGAAUAUUAAUAUAUUGAUUGUAAAUGUUACUAGUAUAAAAUAAAUUAAAUUAGGUAAGCAUUUGCAUUUAUCUCUUUGAAUAAAUAACUUAAGUGUAAUUUUGUAAAACAUUUCAAUAAAUAAAAUGUUGCCACAUUAACUCGU